GCCCGUCCUUUGGGUGCGCAGUGUUGCCAGCCAGCCCCCGAGCCACGUCAGGCCUGCAGCAACUGCUCGUCUUCUGUCCAAGGUUAGAGAGGGGCCCGCCCGGCCAGAUGGAGACACUCGAAGGGAACGCACUCUGGAAGCCGGUUGAGACCCGUAGCGGGGGAUUAAGUUUUUCUUUUUUGUAACGUUCAGCUUUCCUCGGGCAUAUAGGCUGUGCGAUGUUAAACUAUCAGCGGCAUUGUGUCUCUGUUAGAAGACAGAAAUAACGUUAUCGCUUCGGUUUCCUGCUGCUUGAUGGAAACGCGCAAUCACGCAAAUGGUUGCAUUUGGAGAGUAUCCGUGAAUGCGAUCGUCUUCUUCCGACAUCGGUGCGUCAGAGAAGACUCCUCGGCUAGCUGGACCCCGGGUUGGGUGUGAAGUCUUCGCUGUGUGCACCGUGUGCUGCUGGAGUGAAGGUGACUUGCGCCCCGACGCAGUCGAGGCAAUGCGGAGAAGAGUCGCAGGCGCUCAUCCGGUACUUUUUCUGCACUCUAAGGCUCGUCUAGCAAAAUAUUUGCUCCCUCUCCCACAGUAGAGAGGGAGGAACGUGAAAGAUAGACAGAGCAAAAACAAUAAUCGGGGUUUCAACCCAGCCGGUAGUUGUCUGCGGUGAAUUGAGCGUAUGAGCGGAGGAGAGAAGAAGGUGAACAGUAAGGUUCAGGGGGGUGAGGCAGGAAGCGAGAAAGUGGUGGACUUCUGCGGGGGAAAAGACAGAACCGUUCUGUGGUAGGGCUGUUUUAUUCGUGGAUGUGUAUGCAUGAGUUCUGCAUCGAAUGGGCGCAAAAACCGCCCCAGAUCAGCCGGGAACAUCUUCCAGAUCGGCAAGCCUCCUCACCGAGACCCGGAGAGGAGGGAGAGCACCGAAAGUACCCGCAAAGCCCAGCGUGCCGUGGCCGACUGCAGAAUGAUUGUCCAAGAAUUCAAUACGCUUGUGGCUCUGUACCGUGAGCUGGUUAUCUCCAUUGGGGAAAUCACCGUGGACUGUCCUUCUUUGCGGGCCGAGAUGCUGAAGACCCGGACUAAAGGCUGCGAAAUGGCCAGAGCGGCACACCACAGUCUCUCCUUGAUAUCGGGGCCAGAGGAUGGGGAGAUCCAUCCUGAGAUCUGUAGGCUCUUUAUCCAGCUGCAGUGCUGUCUGGAGAUGUACAUCACUGAGAUGCUCAAAUCGGUCUGCUUGCUGGGCUCCCUGCAGCUUCACAGGAAAGGUAAGGACUCCUGCGGCCCUACCGGACUCCAAAGUAAGACAGAGGAGAGUUCUGACAUCCCCAUCCUCGAGGAAACCUCUUCUACCCCCACUGACUGUCCUCAUCUCUCCUGGCUGGUGGCAACUGACAUAGAUAACAUAGAAAAGGAUAUGAGGGAGAUGAAGAAUCUUCUCAGUAAACUCAGGGAGACAAUGCCUUUACCAUUGAAGAACCAAGAUGACAGCAGUUUGCUGAACCUGACUCCCUACCCACUGGUCCGACAGAGGAAGAGGCGGUUCUUUGGGCUCUGUUGCCUGGUAACCAGCUGAGGGCCCCGCCUUCGUGGGUAGGAGGCGGCAACAAAGACACCAUUACCCACUGUCCUUCACCACUCGUGUCUCCCACCAAUCUAUUACUGCCAUUUUCAAAUGAAUUGUCUCUUUCUCUUUUUUUUAAAAGGCUGCCCAUUUUAUAAUUUUAUUUUGUAAUACAAAGAAUAAUUGUAACUGCAAAGUAAUGAAAACAAAAGUCAUGAACAUAUAUUUAAGAUAUUUUGCAACACCUUUUUUUUGUAAAUGAAGUCAGAUAUCUGCUUGUACAAUGUUAAAGCGAAUGAGAGGUGAUAUGAAAGUGUUGAUGUUUAUUUACUUCUGCAAUGCCGAGUGACUGAAAUGAGGAUUCAUGUAAAAAAAAAAAAGAAAAUCGAGAAUGUUAUUGUCAGUUUUUGUCAAAAAUAAUGUGUUAAAUUAUGAAUAGAAGCCAUCUGAAAAUUUCAAGAUGACACUUGACAAAAGUUAUUCAUAUGUGUGUGCUGGGAUGAGAGGUUUGUGCAGUGUACGUCUGUUGUGUAUUACAGUGUAUGUUUUCUGUUUAAUGCUGUUUUUUCUUCUCAAUGUACUUAAGUUAGUCUUCCAUAAACCUAAAGUACCUGUAUCCAACUUUAACCUUUCAGCUUUCAAAAUGGAAUAUAUGAUACUCAAAAUACUCAAAAUGAAAACUUCUUUGCACAUAAUAAUAUAUCUACAAACUGAAACGUUAGACAUGUAUAUUCACAUACUCUUUAGGCAAUGCUCUCUGAAUUAUUUUCAAAGAUGGAGAUGGAAAGUAAAUAAUCUGUUUGUUGGUGUAAACAGGGAAGGUCAGUCCAGGGCAGACCGAGGCCACGCAGCAUGGCUAUUAAUGAUAGUGAUCAAUAUUUAUGGCACGGUGAAGGUACGGUAGUCAAAGCUGAUAUAGGUCAUUUUACAUUGUUAAUAAACUUUUGUUAUUGAAACUGA